AUGACCACCAUGCCCUCGGGAGAGGCCAGAGCCUCCAGCGUCCCCACGCACGGUGAUAGCAGGUUUACAGACAUCCCAACAGUGGGGUCCCAAAGUCAGGUCCCCCUCCUCGCAGAUGUCCCAACAGCUCACAACACUGCACCAUCAGCUGAACAGCAGGAUGUAGAUCAGUCUUCCAAGCCAGGCACCUUGGGGGCCACGUCAGCGUCUGGGGAUAAGGACGAGCAUGAAGCUGCCGCGGGGCAUGCCCAGGAGCCCAAGGAGCCCACAGCCCUGCUCGCCCCCCUGGCCCCAGGUGCCCUGCAAAGGUCCAUGGGCUUCCAGAACCUAGCGCAGAAAGUGCUGGUGCAAGAUUCGAGUAUGACUCAGAAUCCUCAGGUUUUCCAACUUUACUCCCUGAUUAAGGAAGAGAGAGCACAAGCGGCAGGCAUCCCAGACAGGGAACAGGAACUGGCUCCACCUACCCCAAGCGCUGAGGUACAACCCCCGCAAAAUGUGGAGGCUCAGCCCGUCGUGAGCACAGCAGAUGCCAAUGACCAGCUUGACACUCAGGCUGCUGACACUCCUGAAGCUGUUGAGGAGAAACCUGAGGGUCAGGAGGCCUUGAACCCUGACGCUGGUGCUUGGCCAUCAGCCCCAGCCUCGCCGGGCCCUGGAGUGGGCAUGGCCACGGGCACCCUGGCCUCCGGCCACGGCUCCAUGGCAGACCUGCUGCACGACACGGGGCCCAGCCUCCGCUCCAUCUCCAGCACCCUGGGGAGUGCCAGCUCCGCCUCGUCCUCCGGGCUGGCAGUGGGGAGGUCGGCCCUGCACUCCGUCACCCACAUGCUGGAACCGGUGCAGCAGAGGACCGUAGAGGGCAUCCUCUCGGCCAUGCACUACCUGACCAGCCACCUCGCCCCAUGCCAGGCCCAGGCCGGCCCCAACUUGGACGAGGCCCCGCGCUCGGCAGCCUCCCGAGACCCCGGGAGCACUCAUGCCCUGCUCUCUCACGCAUCCCUACCCUGA